GCGGUCAACGCGCUGUCUGCUCGCGCGCCGUUAACCGUUAUUUUCUAAUCGUCGGCACUUGUGUCUGUGUUGUGCAACAGACUGCAAUUAUCGCCCGCAGUUGCCUUGACGCACGCACCCAUGAAGAAAGCGUGCUUGACUUGCGCGGAUGAAAAAUAGCUGCACCGGUUGUCGAUAACGCGCGUCCUUCCUGUCUCUAGGUGACAGUCGCGGCAUUGUGACAACUGAAGGCGUGGGCUGCACAAGUUCGAGCUUCUCGUGUCCGUCGUUCAGGGCUUAAGGGAUGUCGCAAUUUUCUGCAAAACGUUACGGCACUGCCGGAUAUCCUUCGGACGACGUCGUGAUUGAGCUGGAGCGGCUGUGGAGGCCCAUCUUUGAUAAGUAUGACCGUGACCACGAUGGCGAGAUUCCGCUCGAGGAUAUCCUGCAGCUGUUGCACGAAAAAAAUGAGGAACUUCAGCACGACAUUCCUCCAAGCGUCCUCGAGGAAAUCGUCGAGAGAGCCGACUGGGAUUCCAACCGAAAACUUUCUUAUGCAGAAUUCAAAAAAAUGGUACAAGCCUCUGACUUGGCUGAACACAGACCACGGUUCCUUAGAUUGGUUCGUUAUGCUGCAAUGACAGUUGUUCCUAAAGGACAGCGAGCCACAGUGGUGCGUCGAUACCUUGAAGAGUAUAGCUGCAUGCAACCACCUCUCUUCGUGAUCACUGUCAGUCUCAUUGAGGUUGCCGUGUUCAUCUACUAUUGUGUGACCCUUGGAGAGUUCACAGCCACAGGCCCAGUGCCAAGAGACAGCCCACUCAUCUACAACCCGCGGCGCCGAAAAGAAGCUUGGCGUUACCUUACGUACAUGUUAAUACAUGUUGGUGGCUUCCACAUCUUUUUCAACCUUCUUGUUCAGCUUAUGCUUGGAAUUCCACUUGAAAUGGUCCACAAGUGGUGGCGAGUCAUGCUUAUCUAUGCUGGCGGAGUCGUGGCUGGAUCACUGGGAUCAUCACUGUCAGAUCCACAAGUUUUUCUUGCUGGUGCUUCUGGCGGUGUGUAUGCCCUCAUCGCAGGUCAUCUUGCCACACUUAUACUGAACUUCAAAGAGAUGGACUUUGCCUGGGUGCGUGUCCUGUUCCUAACGAUAUUUGGCAGCACGGACGUGGGGGUCGCCGUGUACACACGCUAUAUGGAGGAAGAUGAGGAUAACCGUGUGAGCUAUGCCGCUCACCUGGCGGGUGCCACGGCAGGCCUCCUGCUUGGCCUGCCCCUGCUGCGAAAUAUUGUCGUUCAUCGCUGGGAGGUGAUCACGGGGCGGGUCUUCUUUGCCGUGUUUGUCGUGCUCAUUCUUGCCGCUGUCCUAGUAAAUGCCCUUUACCAGGAAUACUUUCCAAAGUCGGAAAUGUGAAGGAAUGGCCCCAGAGUACUGUGGCGAGUUCAUUCGCUGAAGCUAAGUGCACAGGUGAUCCUCGCUGUUCGUAGGAGACUGUCACCUGUCCUGCUUGAAAGAAUGGCCGACCAGGAGUUUAGUGGGCACAGAAAUGCCUCGAGCGAGGCCUUUCUCGAAUAAUCGAAGGCCUAGUUUUACCCGCCGUGGUUGCUUAGUGGCUAUGUGUUGGGCUGCUAAGCACGAGGUCACAGAAUCGAAUCCCGGCCACGGCAGCCGCACAUUGAUGGGGCCGAAAUGCGAAAAAACCCGUGUACUUAGAUUUGGGUGCACGUUAAAGAACCCCAGAUGGCCCAAAUUAUUCCGGAGUCCCCCAUCUACGGCGUGCUUCAUAAUCAGAUCGUGGUUUUGGCACAUAAAAUCCCAUAAUUUAAGUCUAAUUUUUUCCUGAAACCUCGUUGGAUAAGCUGUGGCAUUGCUGCAGAGUAAGAGCUAUGCUCACUGCCUUUAAUGUGUACAACCACCAAAACGUGCGUGUUUAUAUUUAUGUUUUGAGGGAUGAAUAUGCUUUUUCUGAUUGCAAAGAGAAAUGUGGCAUCUUGUGCACUGUCCAGCUAUUUGUACUGUCAGUCUUUGCCAGCUCCGUGCUAUAUUUCUUCAGUGGUGCUCGUCUACUUUAAUUGUCGGCGUUUCGCUGUCCACGCUUCUGGAAGCCAGAAGAUGUUACAAGAACUGAGCAGUACGGGUGGGUAAUCGGCAACAGGUUUGCCAUUGAUUGUGUAGAUUUUAAGAAAAUGGAGUUGUCACACAGCAUGUUUCCCGCUCUAUCUUAGGCAACAUACAGUGGCCUGACUGUACUGCAAUAUAUCCUGUGUACUACCAAAAACCAGUGAAUCUGUCGUAAGUGAAACAAUUCUAAGUAAAGAGCCGUACGUCUUUCAUUGCUGGAGUGGAUCAGCAUGGUCAGAUUUGUUCAGACUGAAGCAUAAUUUGAACUCAAAAUCACUAUUAUAACCUUGUGUGUAUGCCCCAGUCCUGCUCAUUCAUGCAAGGCAAGCACAUUUGUUGCACCGACCAGAACCCCAAAGCUUGAGCUUUUAUUAAACAAUCGGUGACAGAUGUCAUUGCAAAGCUGCAAAUUUGUGCCAUCAAAAACUGCUCCUUUCUGUCGCUAGCCUACAUGUUAUGGUCCUACUGUCAGCUGAGAAACUUUCUAUGGCAGCUCGCUAUAAAGAGAAUUGGGGUUAAAAAUAGAAAAGUUGUACUGUAGUUAGGUGCAACAAGAUCUAGAUGAGUGUACAUUGUCUACACGCUUUUUUCGAGCUAUAUGUAACUUUGAAGAACAACACAUGACAGGUAACUUUUGAAAACUUGUCACUGAAUCGUCAUGCCUCUCAAGAAGCCAUGGGCCAGUAUGCCGUGAUGCAGCAAACCUAUUUCAUCAGAGUUAGCACCCCUAACAGCAGUGUAUGAGCAGCUGUUCUUCUUUCAUACUCGGGGUGUCUAGGGGCUUAUGAUCACUUUUGAAAGUUGACAGUAUAACGAUGCUUGUGCUGGUGAACACCAAAGUAUAAUUGGACGUGACACCUUUGCCUAUUUUGAACCGUGUGUAUUUUUUCACAAGUUUAAAGGGAUGCUGUAACAACUUUUAUUUGAACCUGAUAGCACAUUGAAUGUGCCAAUGACUAGUUCCUUAGAAAUUUUCGGAAAGGACCCAUAAUAUGAUAGUGCAAUCUUUGCUUUCCCCGUAUCCUCUGGACUAAAUGUUUCAUCUCAGCUGGGGCAGCGCCAAUAGCUCCUGUGGUGGUGGAACAGCAGAACAGCGCCAAGGACCGUCCUUUGUGCCAUCCUGCUCUAAAACUGCAUUUCGGCGGAAAGGUGCACCAAACCUGCGCCAAAGAAGCCUAAAAAUGAAGGCCUCAUUCCGUUCAUGCUGCCUCGCCAGUAAAACUGAAAUCAAAACCUCCAGUUCUGGUUUCAGUUUCCGCUCAGCAAUCGUUCCCGAGCGGAAACUGAAACGAGAACUGUAGGUUUUAACACAGUCUGCUCAGGAAUAAUUCAUGCUUAUGGACAAUCGUCCACUGGCUGGUACCUGUGGGCCGUCGUGCAGUCCACGGUGUCGUAGACCACAGCAAAAUAGAGGAGUCCUCAGACACCAGAGGAGACGACAAGCAAUCUUUUAUACAAGAUUGUAGGCUCCCAGCUGCAUAGUGCAAGGGAAUAAUACUUGACUUGUACAUUGAUGGCGGCAUAGCCUACAGAUCGCAAAGGUAUUUUUUCCAUUUUAUAAAGGUGUUGCAGUGCCCUUUUAGGCAUGUGUAUUAGGCACUUUUAUUGGGUUCGCCCUUCAUGCAUGACUGCAGCGCAUGCCUUCUGCAAAGAGCUUCACGUAAACACUCUUGGCACACAGGAGAAAAAUGUUUAUUGUUCUAGUUACACUGCUGAGAGGCUCAUGUGUUUAAGUCAUUAAAUGGGAACAAACUGUAUCUCUUUUUGCCUAUGCAGAAGCCGAUGACAGUGUCACCAAAGCUGUUGUGACAUCGCGCUUUGUAGCUUGUUUAUAAGCUUCUAUGCAUGCAUCAUUCCAUGCUGUAUGCAUCAAAGCACAUUUUCGUGUUUAUACAGAUUGGUGACUCACAUUUAAACCUCUUGCUGCUGUCACUGGCAGUUGUUGCGAUCGCCUGGGAAACAGAAACUGCAUUUUAAACAAGCCCAGUUGUUGUCAGAACAAUUAAUACUGCUGGUUGGUGAAUUGCGUGCUGCAAUUCCGGCGAUUUUGUGUGCAUUGCAGGGAGGAAAAUGCAGUCAAAGUUUGAUGUGUCAUGUCCCUUAGACAGCCAUUCAUUGAGUUUUACUUAAUUUUGAUCAGAGUUUCUUUCUUUUUUUCUUUUUUCUUUAGAAUUGAGUAAUGUACCUAGGAUUUGGGGGAUUCAUUUGACAUCGUUGAACCUAUUGGAAAGCUGUGAUGAUAUACAGUCCACCAUUUCACUUGUGGAAGAUUAUGAGGUGUUACCAUAGAAGAUAAAAUGAGGACUUGGAAUGUACACUGUCCAUUUUUCAACUACUGCUUGUAAUUACCUAUGUGCCUUGCAGAAUCGGAAUGCAAUUUUUAUUGCUUUCUGCAAAAAUGAGCAAGCACUUUUUACCACGUCCUAGCUUCAAGCAGCCCUAGCUGUGUCUACAUAAGUGCUGCUGACUUUCAAUAAUUUAUCUUUGGCUGACUUAAUCUGCUGAAAACGCUUCUUCACCUUAUUUCAUUCAGACAGACGCAGGAAAUGAAUACCGCUCUCACUGACGUGAAACUAUUUUAUUUCCAUGUUUCUUCCUUAGUUGUGUUCAGUUUUAACCCACCAUGGUGGCGUAGUGGCUUUGGCUUUGCCACGUAAAAUGCCAGAAUUUAAUUUAAAAACAAUGAAUCUGGGCCCUUUUGAUGAUAUUUUAUUUCUGAUUAGCCCUUCAGUACUCUUUAUUCUCCUCCGAAACACAGUUAGAUCACAGAGCGAUCUGAAUUGUUGCCAGUCAAACUUGUACUGGAAAUUUCGUGAUGUCAGCACAUCGAACCAUUUUACAUGGCGUCUUCUUUUUAAAAUAUUUUUCUCCCUCUUCCGCUUCUUGUAAUGUUUGAAAGCAAAGAGAUGAAACAUUUUUCUAUUUUGUAUGCUGUGGUGGAUUUUAUAAAGAAAGGUUUCUUGCCUUUGCCAAAGUUAGAUUAUGAUGAGUGUUGUAAGUAGCAUAGACAAAUAAUCUAGUGAGAAGCAUUUUUAACCAUAAUUGUUUGUGUUGCUGUUUGUGUCUUCAUGCUUGUUGUCAUAGCACUAUGAUGUCAAGGAGUUGCAUACAGCGACAAUCAUUAGGCGAGCCACGAAAAGUGUUUAAAAAUUCGCAAGUAUCUGUCCGGUGCAUCGAAUAUUUCAUUACUCUUUUAUUGUGCUUUGCAGUAGAAGACAAGUUGUGUUUUUAUCAGAUGUCACAAAUGUUAAAAUGCAAAAAUGAAAGCAGGAUUACUCAGUCAACCUGUUUUUCCUGUCCAUACUUCAACACAGCUGCUCACAGAUGUUGGCAAGAGAAAGUUUAUUUUUAACACAAUUGCGUGUUGCUCACUUUUUUAUGUGUUGUGUUGUCAAGCUAGUCUCACUACAAUCAUGAUGGCAAAUAGUGCAAAGAAAUUUAACUUUAAUUUUUCUUGGGUGCGAUAUAUACAGUGAAAAAAAAAACAUUUUAAUGCAUUCGGAUCAAUAGAUCAAGGUUAGUUGAAAUUCAUAACAAAAUUGUGUAAAGGAAAUGAAGCAGUGAUACAAGUAGCAAAUUUGGUAUGCUCAAUACUAAGCAUGUCGCUUUACAUAAGAAAGAUAACAUAUCCAAAUUUUUUGCAAUGCACGACGUACAGUAGGCAGUACACAAAUGUGGAACAUUUUAAAGUAAAUGACAUGCAUCAGAAAAGACCUGCAGUAAAUGUGACCUUAAACGGAGGAAAGGAGAUCAACGUAGUACAGUUCUAGCGAUGUUUAAAAAUCGGCUGCCUGUUUUACUUCUGUAGGUAGACUGUUCUGCCUGGACUAUACCAACACUUAAAGUUCUUACCAUACUCACUGCAAACUUCUGAAACUAGGAAAAAUUUUCUUUUUUUAGUGCACUGCAAGUGUUGAAUCUUCAGUGAGUAACCUUGCAGUGAGCACUCGUAUCUUGGUACGCAUGUGAAUAGUGCUUAUGUCAAGGUUCACUUCUUUGCACUGUUUUUGCCGCCAUGAAUGCUCACUGUCUCAGUCAACAUUCUGUGCUCUCCACAGACAGCCUUUUUUUUUAUUAUUUUAUAUUUUAUUUAUUUAUUUUUCAAUUGAACAAUUGCUCUGCAUCAGCGAUCGCUUGCACAUUUAGACUUGAAUCCCACAAUUUUUCCUACUCUUUAGGAUGCCGUAGUUUGAUCGUUGUGCAACCUGUUGCGUCCAUUUCCUCUUGAAGUAAGAAAGAUGAUGGCCUUACUCACAAUCAGCACAUUGCUGUAAACAAUUUUGCAUCAUGAAGCCAUCUUGUGUCAGACUUCAUAACUUAACUUCAGGGUGGUGUUUGGUGCACAUUCUAACCAUUUUUGGUCAUGCACAGGUUGUGUUAUUGCCCAUCUUUGUAUGUCAUUGUGCGCUUUUUUACAUGUUAACCUGAGCCUUUUUUAUCGUGAUAUUCAGCAUGUUAUCCAGUGAGCUCAUUCUAAACAAUUUUUUGAAGAUAACUUAUUGCAUGUGCCUCUAUCCGCUUCAGGAGUUAGUGCUUGUUGUCCCCAGUACAAGCUUGCUGUGCCUUUUGAUAUGUCUGAUCAUGCCUGUCUAAUGCCUGCCGCAGUGGCCCAGUCGCUCUGGUGUCCUACUGCUGAGCACGAGGUCAUGGGUUUGAUUCCUGCUCGCAGUGGCCGCAUUUUAAUAGGGGAGAUCAUGUACUUAUAGUUAGGUGUACGAUCAUGUACUUAUAGUUAGGUGUAAAUUAACAGUGAGGUUAUGAAAGGCAAGAAAGCACAACUUUUUUUCUUUCCCCAGGAUCUGUGAUGUUACCUAAUUUACAUUUAGCCAUUGGUUGUGUCUGCAAAACGUUGCACCAUCUGAUUGUGGCAAAACAAAAGGAAAGACUGAAAGACAUGCUUGUUUUCUGUAUGUGCAAGAAAAGAAAGGAUCAAAAGUGCUUUGGUAACCACCUCCCUAAUACCUUUCAUCACUGGCUACUUUAAGCAAUGAAACACUGAUUAGCCCAAACCUGUGCGAAAUGCAUGUACUUUAUAGGUGAUGCCAUUGGUCUCCAAUAAGAUGUGCCGUCUGGAGUUGUAGUACAUGCUGACGGGACAAAAAAAAUUGCAUACUUUCCAUAGUACUCUUGCGUUCAUUAAUGCGUGCAAUAUGACCAGAGUACUGGGCCUGUAUAAUGCUUGGAUUCCUUUUGCUUGAUUAUAUUUCUUAUCAUCCGCCAUUCAUAGUAAGCCAGUCCCAGUGAUAACGUGGGCGAAGUGCCGCUCGUACCACAGUCAAAACGUGAAAAGACUAGCAUUCGAAUAGAAUUGUUACAUUAUACUGGCCCUGGUAACGUCACUACAAAUGAGACAUUGGCUGUGGUAAGUUGAGCUGCAAAUUAUCACCAAUGUUUUGUGCACUUUGUCUCGCAUCUGCACCAGAAGUACUUAGUGCAACAAGGAAACUGGCUAACUGGCGUGUUUAUUGAUUCCGCAGCCCUGCUUCCAAGUAAGGUGAAAAAUUGGGUCAGUUAGUUUUGCAUCAUGAGAUUAUACCAGCGCUAACUAAAACAAAGAAAGAGACACACAGCGACCUACUUCCAAGUGCUUGCCACGUACAGUACUGUACGCUCUUAAAGGGGCUCUGAACCACUUUUUAUCGAAGUGGAGAAAUGCAUUUGAAGUCAAAAUAGGCUAUUUCAGAAAUACUUUGCCAUAAAAAGUACUAAUGCGGUUAUUAGAAGCGAAGUUAUUGGCAAUCAAACACGGCCUCCACUGUGCUCCCGUUCCUUCUUCAAUGCCUUGCAAUGCGAAGGCUACGACGUAGUGGGCAGUGCCCACAACGUAUCUGCCUUAUAAAUUUCACCUUGGCGCGCAGUUCAAAUUUCAUUUUGGAUGUUAACAUAGAUGCCGUGGCUUCUGAUUUUGGUGCCUACGUCGCGUUAAACAUAAGCCAAACGUGGUUGUCUUCAGCAUGCCGCAGUCCACUUAAGCAAUGGACUCGUGGCGGCACUCUGCAGCACUCCGUGGUAUCUAUGCUGCCUAGCCGACCCUAGCUACCUAUAGUAGCCGCGUAUGGGAACCCGCCUUAUUACGAAAUAAAGUAUCCAGAAGAGAGUGAGGAGCAGGCUUCUGUUUGAAAAGAGAGCGUUUGAGAGAAAGGUGACUUCACGCUGCACUUGCAAGCUCCACACGCCGCAUACAACAGCAAAACUCGGCUGAGAUGUUCACAGCAGUGUAUGCUACCCGUGAACAAUGUUAUUUCACCAAACCCGAGGGGUGGUUGAGGGCCCCUUUAAAAGAAACGCCUAACGGAUAAUCAGAUCAAUGUGACUGCAGCAUUUCUUUAAUAAAAAAAAGUGGUUGAUGUGAUGCAUUAGUCAGGUGUACAUGCAGGAAAAAAAAAUGAACUGCAGGCCUUCAUGCAAUAUCUCCACUAUAUCUCCAGGUAGAAUUCUAAUUACACUUGAGCCUCAUUAUAGCAGUCAUAUCCAAAAAAAAAAAAGAUACCCUUACAUUGCAUCUGAUAUAUUCGUUACUAGCAUAUAGUAUUUGUUACGUGAUGAUUUCAGCAAAACACAUUCCAUAUUUACUUUGUUAUAUUCAUGUUAAAUCAAGGUAUGACUGUAGGUGUUCUCUUUAAGAGUGAACCGCACAGUAUUCAUGACACAUCCUUGCCACUUUAUUAUGAAGACUGGUUCUCUUGAAUGGUUGGGUUGCAAGCGUACAGUGUACAUUUUUGCUGAGUAAAGACAGGUAAACCUGCUUGCGGAGCUAUGUUAUUGCACAAAUAAUUUUUGUACAUGUGAUCCCACUGCUAUGUGCUGAUGCAGAAGUCGGGCUGCUUUGGAAUAUAUGUCUUUCAUUGUUGCCGCCUGUUGCUGCCUGUUUUGAUGCUCAAUGUGGCAGUUCUAUGACUGCUAUGUGUUUGGCUUGCAUGCCGUCAUAGUCUAAAGAAUCCUCAGGUAAAUCUGUCUUGUAUGCUUAGAUACAGUUAUGAUUGGACCUGUGUUCAUGCCGGCCUCUUGUUUUGCCUGCUUAUUGUAGAGAACUUGUACAUGUAUUUUAUGCUUACGCUUGCGGCUUACAGCAUUAAUAUUUGGCUUGUGAUUAUUGCUCUCAAAAGUAGCUUUUUAUCGUUGCUUAUCAUGUGUCUGAAGAUACGGGCUUUCUCAAGUGUUCAGCUGCAUUUUGUUUGUCUCUGCAUGUAUUAAACUUAUUCACUUUCAAGUUGCAUUGUACUAAAAUGUGACUGCAUGUUUACAAGCACACAUUUAGCUCUCCAUUUACAGUAGUGUGUCUCUUUAUCAAGCUCUCAGUUUGUUAAAAUAGGGUCCAGGCUUGUUUUUUACUUUAAGCGGUGAUCAAAUCUUAAGAAACCACAUUGCUAAAUUGUCAGAUGUUCAAAUUCACAAUGUGAAUGUGUAAAAGUUGUCUGCACUGCUUGGUUCAAGAAUGCUGUGCACGUGACUGUGGAAUGAACAAAUGUGUGCGCAAUGGCAGCAUACCCUGGCACACACCGUCGAGAACUCCUGCUAACAUACUAAUGUAGACAAAAAAAACAAAUAACACGAACGGGAUGGUGCUGACCAGAUUGUACAUACCAUUUUCAUUCUGAGUGGCAUCAAUGUGAUUUUGGCAAUUACGUUCACCUACAAAUAUUUUGUCACCAGAUACUUGGCGUGAAAUUGCAUACUCGUGUCGUUAUUUGUAGGCGGUGUUUUGCUUAAUGCUCCUGAUAAAGGUAUUAUUUGUCUGCAGUACUCUGUAGUGCUAGUGGCAGUCUGCAAAUCAGCCAGCAAACAUAUAAAGCUCACCUGUGGAAGUACUGGACGUGAUGGUAGUAUAUAUUAUAUCCUUUCUUGUGAAAUCGUAUGGCUUUAAAUCUGUUACUAUGAUGAUACUAAUUGUAUUGAAAUAUAUUUAGCGUGCUAGUUCUGAUUCUUUCUUAACACAACUAAGCCUUUACCGGAAAUGUACACUGCCACGAGGUAAAAAUUAAAAUGUGACAAUGAAAUAAUGGCUUGUGAUUGCAGAACAUAUUGUGGGAAGCGUGGUCCAGCAGCUUCUUUCCUGUAGCCUGUCGCAACACCUCUUAAGUGUGUUCUAUAUAGGCCCUAAACUUGUUUUGUGUAUGUUGAUGUUUGAAAUAUACAAGUUAAAUUGGAUGGUGUGGCCCUUUCUUACUGCAGCUGCUAUAAUUUAUACGAACUUCAUUAAAAACAUUCAGCUACAUGUUCUGGCAUGGUCGAUGCUCAAAGUUCAAUAUCUCAGGUGUUAUUGAUCAAUUUUAUUGCGUUUAAAUGCUUCUCUGGUUGUGGUUUUUGUCAUGUCUAGUCAGGUAGUUUGCUGUGUAAUUAUGAAUAAAGUGUUAUUUUCACCUA